CAAUCUAAGUCAUUCUGAGACAGAAGGAAAGGGGGAAGGGGAAGGAGGUAAAAGAGUGUGGGAGAGGGGAGGAGAAGGGGGGGGGUCGCUGAACGGACACAGCCCCCAUCCCAAGCUGUUUCAGUUCCCGUCCACUCAUGUGGGAGUCAGUAUGUUGUGGAGUUGGAGAAGGAAUGUGGACGGCGCUGCAGGAAACAUGAGAUUUUAGAAAGGACGCGUGUCAUUGGGUCACAGGAUCGCCCCCUGGGAAGAUUUUGGACGUCACCCGUAACGCCACGAAGGGCAUGGUGGUAGUUGCUGAUGUAUGCAGAGUGAAAUCUAUCAUGACUGUGAUGUCAUUGGCACACCGCUGAUUCUGAGCCAUGGGUAACACAGAAAGUCAUAGCGGUGGCCAUGGAUACUAUGGAGAUGGCCAACGCCAGCUCUCCCGUAAGCACAUGUCCCGCUCGCUCCGCCUGUCCAGCAAGCAGACAUACUGUUCCCGCCGAACGCCAUCUGGAAAACCAGAGCACCGCAACUCUGAGACCAGCACGCGCUCCAGCAGCACUCCCAGCAUCCCUCAGUCGCUGGCCGACCACGGCCUGGAGCCCUUCAACGACUCGGACAUGCUGCCCAACUUCAGCGGCCCCAUUUGGGUGGACCGUGUGGCCAUGAAUCUCCGACCCAUGUCCUUCCACAACCAUCCGGCUCAUUCGCCCGCCGCCACCGCCAAACAAGCCGCGCAGGACGAGACCGAGCCACCGGAGGACAUGACACUCGUCCAGAGCACCCGGGACAGUUCCCAAGAGGCGUCCAGCUUUAAAAAGAAGCGCUCUAAGUCUGCAGACAUGUGGAGAGAGGACUCUCUGGAGGUGUCUUUAUCCGACCUGAGCCAGGAGCACUUGACCAGCACGGAGGAGAUCGGAGACACGCCGGACGACUGCGAAACCCGUUUACAGGCGUCCGCUCAGGAGCUGCUGGACUCAAACCGAGCCAAUUCUUUAGACGAACUCUACGGACCGAAGAGCCCCGCCUGCAGGCCCCCACACGGACGCUAUGCCAAAUGGCACAAGGGCCGCGGCACAAGCAGAGAAGGUGACGAGGAUAAGAUGAUCUCACCUUGUGAGGAUGACGGAGCCGCGUACAGUGCAUACACACUGCCCUGCCGCCGAUCUCACUGUCUGUCGGAGGGACCGACCAAUCAGCAAGGAGCUAUGCAAGGGAGGCGGGCACAAACCAUACAGGAUGUCACAGCGGGAGACGGCAGUGAUUAUGAGGACAGCGGUAUCGAUGGGCUGACGGGGGACAGUGAGGCGUCUCAGCACCACGCUCGACGCUAUAAGACCAUGUCUGUGUCUUUCUCUGCUUACUCCACGUCAGCAGGGGGCGCCUUCACAGGGAGCGACAGUGGGAGCAGCAGCGGCGCUGGAGCAGGACCCUCAGAUGGCACACAGGGCAUCUAUGAGAACUUCCGUCAGGAGCUGGAGCAGAGCGUGAGUCCGCUGGAGGUCCCCGAGGAGAGAAGCUCAGCGUUCAGCGACGAGCAGAGCAGCGUGACCCUGAGCUCGGCUUACCACACUGACCCUCUGCUGAACGUGGCUGCUGUACAGGGGACCGUACGCAAAGCUGGGCGCCUCGCUGUCAAAAACUUCCUGGUGCAUAAAAAAAACAAGAAGGUGGAGCUCGCCCCUCGCCGCAAGUGGAAGAGCUACUGGGUGUCCCUCAAAGGGUGCACUCUGUUUUUCUAUGAGACGGACGGCCGGUCGGGCAUCGAUCACAACAGCGUCCCUAAACAUGCCGUGUGGGCCGAGAACAGCAUCGUCCAGGCUGUCCCAGAACACCCCAAAAAAGAUUUUGUCUUCUGCCUGAGUAACUCGCUCGGAGACUCCUUCCUUUUUCAGACCUGCAGCCAAACUGAGCUUGAGAACUGGAUCACGGCCAUCCACUCGGCCUGCGCCGCGGCCGUCGCUCGUCAACACCACCGUGAAGACACGGUGCGACUGCUGCGGGCCGAGAUCCGUAAGCUGGAGCAGAAGAUCGACAUGGAUGAGAAGAUGAAGAAAAUGGGAGACAUGCAGCUCUCCGCUGUCACCAACGCCAAGAAGAGGAAGACCAUUCUGGAACAGAUUUUCCUGUGGGAGCAGAAUUUAGAGCAGUUCCACAUGGAUCUGUUCCGCUUCCGCUGUUACCUGUCCAGCCUGCAGGGGGGCGAGCUUCCCAACCCCAAACGCCUGCUGGCCUUUGCCUCCCGUCCCACCAAACUGGCCAUGGGCCGACUAGGGAUUUUUUCAGUCUCUUCCUUCCAUGCACUGGUGGCGGCUCGCACUGAGAGCGGCGUGAGGCGCCGAACGCAGGCGAUGUCGCGCUCCACCAGCAAACGCAAGAGUCGCUUCUCCUCACUGUGGGGUCUGGACACCCACUCCAAGAGAAAGAGUAAAGGUCAUCCCAGCAUUAACCAGGUUUUUGCAGAAGGAGAUGAUCCAGUUAAGAGUCCUCUAGAAGGCAUGUUUGAGGGUUCUUCUAGUGAGACAACGAAAGAAACCAAGACCCCAGUGAAAGGUCUGCCAAGACCCAGCACAGAUCAUGACAUCUGGUCCAGAGACCACCUCACUCCAUCAUGGGUGCUGCUGCCAAACGACCAGCCUGUGUUAGCAAUCAUCCAACCCGGAGAGUCGGCCCUCGACAUGCUGGAAACCAUCUGCAAGGCUCACCAACUGGACCCCACUAAACACUACGUGCGGCUCAAGUUCCUCAUUGAGAACCAAGUGCAGUUUUAUAUCCCCAAACCGGAGGAGGAUAUUUAUGAUCUGCUGUAUAAGGAAAUCGAGCUGUGCUGUAAGAUCAGGAAGGUCAUCCAGUUUGAUCGGGAUGAGUCCUGCAUGAUCGGCUACGGUUUUUCCAUUUCAGUGGUGGAGGAGGACAGCGUUCAGCAGCUCUAUAUCACUGACGUGAGAGCUGGAGGAUUAGCGUUCGCUAAAGGUCUGAAUGCGGGAGAUGAGAUUCUGCAGCUGAAUGGGAAGGACGCCCGCACUCUGACCUUCUCUGACAUGAAGGUGGCGUUCGCUCAGGUCUCUCUCUCUCUCACCGUCAACACGCUGCCCCCUGUUGACCGCCGGCAGCUCUGCUUCCUGCCACCGAGACGCUCGGACGCUGUGGACAACCUCUACACAGACAUCUUCUCUCAGAGUCAGGAGGAGAUUCUUGAUGAUGGUGUAGGUCUGAUUGUGGAGUCUUCAGGAGACAGUUUAGACGACGACUCGGAGCUCUUCGCUGAGUUUGAUGACUGCAGCAGACACAGCAAACGCUCGUCGGACUCCAUCUAUGACCUGCUGCACCUGAGUACGGAGCAAGUCGCAGCUUUCUGCCGCAGUCUGCACGAGAUGAAUCCCUCGUCUGAGAUCGUCUCUUCCUCAUCCGGCCUGGAGUCUUCCUCGCUCCCUCCGAGCAAUGCCACUCCACGCCAGCUCUCCGAUGCCGACAAACUCCGCAAAGUCAUCUGCGAACUGGUGGAGACGGAGCGCACCUACGUCAAAGAUCUGAACUAUUUGAUCGGGCGAUAUUUAACCCCGCUGCAGAAGGAGUCUUUCCUCACUCAGGAUGAGCUGGACGUGCUGUUCGGAAACCUCCCGGAGAUGCUGGAGUUUCAGGUGGAGUUCCUGAAGACUCUGGAAGACGGAACCCGACUGGUGCCAGACCUGGAGAAACUGGAGCGAGUGGAAGAGUUCAAGAAAAUCCUGUUUUCUCUGGGCGGCUCGUUCCUGUAUUACGCCGACCGCUUCAAGAUUUACAGCGCUUUCUGUGCCAGCCACACCAAAGUGCCCAAAGUGCUGGUAAAAGCAAAAACAGACGCGGCCUUCAAGGCGUUUCUGGACGAGCGCAACCCCAAACAGCAGCAUUCGUCAACGCUGGAGUCGUACCUGAUCAAACCCAUCCAGAGAGUGCUGAAGUAUCCUCUGCUCCUGAGAGAACUGCACUCGCUCACAGACCCCGACAGCGAGGAGCACUACCAUCUGAACGUUGCAAUGAAAGCCAUGAACACAGUUGCCAGUCACAUUAAUGAGAUGCAGAAGAUCCACGAGGAGUUUGGAGCCGUCUUUGACCUCCUCAUCUCUGAACAGACCGGAGACAAGAAAGAGGUUGCGGACUUGUCUAUGGGAGAUUUACUCCUCCACACCAGCGUGACAUGGAUCAACCCGUCCUCCUCACUGGGAAAGUGCAAGAAAGAGCCACAGCUGGCCACAUUCGUGUUCAAAAUGGCCAUAGUGUUCAUCUGUAAGGAUUACUCCAAGCAGAAGAAGAAAAUGGGUGGAUCUCACAGAGCAUCAGUCUCAGGUGACGAGAAAGAUCCCUUCCGUUUCCGUCACAUGAUCCCAACUGAUGCGCUUCAGGUGCGCACACUGUCCAGUACAGAUGGAGAGAGCGCAGCCGUGUGUGAGAUCAUCCAUGUGAAGUCUGAAUCAGAGGGAAGACCAGAGAGAGUGUUUCAGCUCUGCUGCAGCUCUCCAGAGAGUAAGAAAGACUUCUUGAAGACGGUCCACUCCAUCCUGAGAGAUAAACAGCGCCGUCAGCUGUUGAAGACGGAGAGUCUUCCUCUCAGUCAGCAGUACGUUCCCUUCGGAGGAAAACGCUUGUGUGCCCUUAAAGGAGCCCGACCGGCCAUGAACCGAGCAGUGUCCGCCCCGACUCGUACUCUGGGCCGCAGGAAACUGGUGCGGAACCGCUUCACCAUCGACACAGACAUUGUUUUCAACACCGAGCCCGACAGCGACUCGCCAGACUCCCAGCAUGCUCAGCAGCAGGGCGUCGUUCCGGCGGGCGACACCGACCGCUGGGUGGAGGAACAGUUCGACCUUCAGGGCUACGAGGAGCAGGAACAGGAUGUGAAGGAAACAGACAUCCUGAGCGACGAUGAUGAGUUCUGCCAGUCCGCUCUGAGCCCGUCCACUGACCCGGACGUGGAGGGUCCACUUUCUGCCCUCUCGCUGGAGGGAGACACGGCUGAGGAGGAAGAGGAGGAGGAAGAGGAUGCCAAGAAGGACUACAAAUCCCAGCAUGCCAAGCUGUCUCAUUUAGGGAAGCAGUGUGCCAUGUCGGUGGCCAGUGUGGAUGAGCAGGUGCCCGGUGAGGACAUCUGGGUGCGACGGGACAGCAGCACAGAGAACGAGACACAGAACGAAACCCAGAGCUGAAACGCAUCGGGAGACAGACUCGAUUAAAUAAAUAAUUCACUCGAAAAUUACAGUUUGCUGAAAGUUUACUCACCCACAGGCGUUACAAGAUUCAGAUGAGUUUGUUUCUUCAUCAGAUUUGGAGAAAUGUAGCAUUGCAUCAGUGUCUCAUCAAUGGAUGCUCUGCAGUGAAUGGGUGCCGUCAGAAUGAGAGUCCAAACAGAUGAUAAAAACAUCACAAUAAUCCACACCACUCCUGUCCAUCAGUUAAUGUCUUAUGAUGCGAAAUUAUGCAUUUCAGACCUUUUUAACCUCAAACUGUUGUUUCUGACUAAUAUAUGAGUCCAUAAUCAAUAAUCUGAACCAGGAGAGAAAUCUGCACAAGUCAGAAGCCAAAAUAGUCCAGAACAGCUCUAAAUAUGUGGUUGGAUUUUAAUGUGAGAGACAACAGGAGAUCAUUAUGGAUUACAUUUAUUCAUUUAUCAGACGCUUUUAUCCAAAGCGACUUAAUUGUGGAAUACAUCAAGUAAGUAAACACAGGAAAUUUCAAGCACUGGUCAAAUAAGUGUAAGAGAAAGAUUAAAGAAAAGAGAAAACAAAGUUGUUUUUAUUGUUG